UCCCUUAAGCCUCAAUACGUAGAGAAACUACUCUAAGCCCUUCAAAAUAACCAAAUGGAUUUGCCGCACAAAGGAAUCCUCCAGAGUCCUGCUCUUGCCCAGUACGUAUACGAGACGAGCGUGUAUCCAAGAGAGCAUGAGCAGCUGAAGAAACUAAGGGAAGCCACCGUCAACAAGUACGGGAACUUGGCGGAGACGGCGGUGCCGGUAGAUGAAGGGAGGUUCCUGUCAUUGUUGAUGAAGAUAAUGAACCCUAAAAGGACUCUAGAGAUUGGUGUUUUCACCGGCUACUCCCUCCUCUCCACCGCCCUAGCCUUGCCCGACGAUGGCCUGAUAACAGCCAUUGACAUCAGUAGGGAGCAUUACGAAGUGGGCUUGCCCUGCAUCAAGGAAGCAGGCUUGGCCCACAAAAUCAACUUCAUUGAGUCCCCCGCUACUCCUGCUCUGGACCAAUUGAUCCUAAACACCACCCACCAAGGGGAGGAAUUGUUUGAUUUUGCAUUCGUGGAUGCGGACAAAACAAGCUACAAGGGCUACCAUGAGCAAAUAGUGAAGCUAGUGAAGGUUGGAGGUGUGAUUGCCUAUGACAACACCCUUUGGUUUGGAUUUGUGGCGAAGGAGGAAGCUGAAGUUCCAGAGCGCUUCAGAAAUGAUAGGAAUGCCAUUCUUCAACUCAACAAGUUCUUGGCUUCGGAUCCUCGAGUUGAUGUUGCUCAGAUUUCUGUUGGUGAUGGCAUUACCCUAUGCAGGCGUAUCCAGUAAUGGAGGAUAUAUUUGGUUGACUUUGGGAAGGUGUUUUGAGAAUAAAUUGAAAGAAGCCUGGUUUGAGUUUGGCCUAUGCAAAAGCAGGAAAAAUAAAAAAAGAACAAAAGCAUGAGGAAGAUUUGCUUAUAAGAGAAGCAUAGAGAAAUAUGUAUCUGGUGAAAAGAGUGAUUUUUUCUC